AUGCUUGUAUUUUAUAUGUGUAACCCUCUUAUGGUAUCUUUUUACUCCAUAUGUGCUGCAGAGGAUGCAUCCAAAGUAGGCCUUCUCAAGUCCCUCCCUAAUGCAGACACCAAAUUGUUGCUUUUCCAAGCUGACAUAUAUGACCCCAAUGAGUUUCAACCCGCCAUCCAAGGAUGUGAGUUUGUUUUUCACGUGGCCACUCCGAUGCAGCAUAACAACCAAAGCUCUCAGUACAAGGACACAGCUGAAGCUGCUGUUGCUGGGGUGAGGAUCAUUGCCGAGUCUUGCAUUCGUUCACAGACCGUUAAGCGACUCAUCUACACUGCAAGCAUCCUUGCUGCGUCGCCGAGGAGAGAAGAUGGGGUUGGAUUCAAACCCUGCCUUGAUGAAUCAUGUUGGACACCUCUUGAUGUCUCACCUACUUAUUCAACUGAAUUUUCAAUGGGGUAUAUCAUAUCAAAGACAUUAGCAGAAAGAGCAGUGCUGAGCUAUAAUGACAUUGAUAAUGGUAAACUGGAAGUGGUAACACUUCCUUGUGGCUUGGUGGGAGGAGAAACUCUUCUUUCAUAUUUGUCUGGAAGCGUGGGAGUAGUUCUAUCACAACUUACCAGGGACUUGCCUUCUUUCAAUGCACUAAAAUUGAUGCAAGAAGUUAACGGUUCGGUUCCUCUUGUACACAUUGAAGAUGUUUGCCAAGCACAUAUCUUCUGCAUGGAACAACCAUCCAUGAGAGGUAGAUUCUGCUGCGCAGUUUCCAGUCUGAACAUCAUAGAAAUUGCGAGCUACUUCCAAGAAAAUUACCCAGAACACAAAAUAGCAAAAGAAUUCUUCGAAGGACCAGAAGAAGGAAGCAAAUGUGACUUCAGUAAGCUGAUGAAGAUGGGUUUUGAGUAUAAGUAUGGCGUCAAGAAUAUACUAGAUGACAGUGUAGCAAGUGGACGGAGGUUAAGUAGGAGCUCUCAUUCUCAACUAAUUUAA